AUGCCGGACGUCUAUUUCACUUUCGAAGACUCAGCUCCUUUCAUAAGUUACUCCUCAGACUGGAGACCUGGAAGCUCUGAUGACAAGCAACUUAGCAGGUACUCAGAGAGCUCAUUUAUGCUCACCAAUAAGGCGGGAGAAGCCAUGUCCUUUAAGUUCACUGGCUCAGAGGCUGCAAUAUACGGAGCAUUGAGAGGCAAUCAUGGGAGAUUCGAAGUUCAAGUAAACCAGAGCAUUCCAACGAGCCGCAGUGGGAGUGCUCAAGUGGAUGUCUUUCGAGACCCGCUUUUCCGGGAAGAGUUUCCUCAAGGCGAGCACAGUGUCAUCCUCAGAAACUUGGAGGAGGGAAAGUACUUGGAUGUGGACUUUGUCUCUCUGAAGAGCAGAUUGGGUGGAGAGGGAGGAAGCGUCGAGAUCGUGACCGUCCAGAACACUAUCACGGAAGGCGACCAUAAAUUUGUCUACUUCCCUCCUACCAACUGGGAGACAGUAGCGGGACCGAACAGCUACAUGGGCGGCAGUGGACACAUAACCUCUGCGUUUCAAUCUUCUGUGACUUUGAAAUUCAAGGGACAUGCCGUGGCACUGUAUGGACCCAGUGGAAGAGACUAUACCUCUAGGUAUAGUGUGAGCUUGGACGAUGGACCUCAAGAGUUCUUUUCUGCAAAACGCGAUUACCCAGUCGAGCGUCACCAGCAACUAAUGUACCUGGCGGCGGGGCUCGAUGGAGGCUCACAUGAGAUCAAGGUAUCCCUUGACUCUCCCGGAGAUACCCUUGCGAUAGACUAUGCCAACGUCUACAUCGCCAAAGGUGACAGUGGAUCCUCGAGCUUGUCAGGUUCGCGUUCCGCCAGUCCGGCCAUGGUAUUUGGAAUCACCUUUAGCAGUGGGAUUGCCUUCCUGCUUUUGGUGGCUUUGCUGUUCCUCUUCUUGCGGCGGCGAGGCUAUCUUCCCUUCUUUGGAAGAAACUCGGAUGUUCGGUCGCUCCGUCGCUCGCGCUCUCGGGUGUCAAUCGCGGGCGACUCAAAAUCGACUGUUUCAACCAUUUCAAGAGAUAUGUCAUUCACUGAAAUAUCCACUCAAUACGCUCCAUCCAGUUGGGGCCCGGCGUCUAGCUGGGGCACUCCGUCGAAUGCCCCGUCCUCGAAUUGGGCGCCUAGUUCUGCGCCGUCCUUUUCCUCGCGUGGAAAACGGUCGAAGCUCUCCGGUCGUAGGCCCAGUUUACAUCCGACACUACCUUCCAUUCAAGACAACGGAGCACGAACGAGCGUGUACUCUGACAUUGACUCCAAGACAGUGGAAAUCAAAGGACCUCCUAACCGUGAUAUCCCUGGAUCUUCUAAUAGUCUACAAGCGCCGUCAGCUGCCUAUACCCAAGCAUAG